GUUUUGUGAAAGGCGAUGGGUGGCCUCACUGAAGCUCUUUUUUCCACUUGCGAGUGUCUGCCGAUCGAGCUACUGACCCUCCAGGGCGCCCAUAGUCGCACCUCCGCCAUGGCCAAAACUGUUAAAGACGUGCCCUCGCACGAAUUUGUGCGCAACUACGCUGCCCACUUGAAGCGCUCUGGCAAGAUUGAAGUUCCCGCAUGGGCUGAUCUUGUGAAGACCGCUACCUUCAAGGAACUUGCCCCUUACGAUGCUGACUGGUACUACAUCAGAGCUGCCUCUAUGGCGAGAAAGAUCUACCUGAGGGGAGGAAUUGGAGUGGGCGCUUUCAAGAAGAUUUACGGUGGCCGUAAGAGCAAUGGAGUUAGACCGUCUCACUUUGCCAAGAGCAGCGGUUCAAUUGCAAGGCACUGCCUGAAGCAGCUAGAGGCUCUUAACAUAGUCGAGAAGGAUGUUAGGGGAGGAAGGCGCAUCACCUCUGAUGGGCAGCGUGACCUUGAUCAGGUAGCCGGACGCAUUGCCAUCGCUGCGGCUUAGUUACAUGAAUGUAGCAGUAGUACUGGUUGACUUGGGAAAAAAAGAAAAUGCUUGAGCACCGUGUGCUGAGUGGGAUUGUGGAGGGCGCUGCCAUACAUGACGUUCGAUUUAUGAACCGCAUUGCAAUCCAUUAUCUUGUUCUGUGUUGUGCAGCACUAUGCAUUUCCACUUCUCUGUAAUCAAGAUACUGUCGCUGAUCCGGUACACUUUUUUCAAUGUAUUGUUGGAAGUAUUAUAUCUA